CUCACACACCUUAUAAAAUCAUGUCGAUUAUCUUUGCAUUAACUUACUCUCUUAAACCCUAAAUUUAUUACCUCUAAAAGAAAACCCUAGCCGUCUCUCACAAACCAAAAAUGACUGGAGAACCGGUGAACCCCAAAGCAUACCCUUUAGCAGAUGCUCAAUUAACGACCACGAUUUUGGAUCUCGUUCAACAAGCUGCUAACUACAAGCAGCUCAAAAAGGGAGCUAAUGAAGCUACUAAGACACUUAACAGAGGUAUAUCGGAGUUUGUUGUGAUGGCUGCCGAUACUGAGCCUCUUGAGAUUCUUUUGCAUCUUCCUUUGCUUGCUGAAGAUAAGAAUGUCCCAUAUGUAUUUGUUCCUUCAAAGCAAGCACUUGGCCGAGCAUGCGGUGUCACAAGACCUGUAAUCGCAUGCUCUGUCACAUCAAAUGAAGGAAGCCAGUUGAAAUCGCAAAUACAGCAGCUCAAGGAUGCCAUUGAGAAGCUCCUAAUCUAAAGAUAUUACGUAACUCGUAUUCGGUGUGAUGGGCCUCUUGGAAUGUGGUGGUCGCUCCUUUAGAGGCUUUGACUGAUUAAGUCGUGCCACUAUCGAGCCGGUGUUUUAGUAUUCGACCUUAAAAAAAUGUCGUUGUGUCCUAUUAUGUUUUCUUAUGAACUGAGGAAAAAAGGAUAAUCUUGAAUUGAUCUUUUAGCACAUCUUAGUAUCAAUGAAGUUUUAAUCGAUGUUUUAACAGAA